AGGAGAGGAGUCCACCGAGGGUAAAAUAUUAUGAAAUGAACUGCUUACUCUGGAGCAGGUCUAAUAGGCUCUUUUUAGAUUCAGCUAUUUAGUUGUAAAUAAAUUGUGUAAUUGAAAGGAAGGUAUCAAAUAUGCUGAAACUACCAAACUUCCGGUUUUUGGAACCUAUCCGAAGAGAGACAGCAAAGUACUUUGUUAGGCCAUUAGGCCCUUACUCUAGAAAUGGAGCCCUGCUGUACAACUCUAAAGGAUGCACGAGAGAAAACAGCACUUCAUCGCGCGUUUGCAUAAUUGGAAGUGGUCCAGCUGGAUUUUAUACAGCACAGCAGCUUUUGAAGGUUGACAAAAAUGUUGUGGUUGAUAUUUAUGAAAGAUCACCAGUGCCUUUUGGACUUGUUAGAUUUGGAGUCGCACCUGAUCACCCUGAAGUAAAAAAUGUCAUUAACUCGUUUAAAAUUGUUGCCCAAAAUGAACGCUGUAAUUUCUUUGGAAAUGUAAAUGUAGGCGUAGAUGUCAAGACAAAGGAACUUAGAGAUAUGUAUGAUGCUGUUGUCCUAGCAUAUGGAGCAGAUAAAGAUAAGACUCUUGAUAUUAAAGGAGAAGACUUAGAUGGAGUUCUUUCCGCAAGAGCUUUUGUUGGAUGGUACAAUGGAAUGCCAGCUCAUGCCAAUCUUAACCCUGACCUUUCAGGCCAAACAGCAGUCAUUAUUGGUCAUGGAAACGUAGCCAUUGAUGUAGGCAGAAUUCUGUUAUCACAAUAUGAUAUUCUUCAACACACUGACAUUUGUAAUUAUGCUUUAGAUGCCUUGAAAUUGAGUAAGGUCAACAAUGUUUAUGUGGCUGGCAGAAGAGGACCACUAGAAGCUUCAUUUACAAUCAAAGAGUUAAGGGAAAUGAUAAAUCUCCCUUUUUGCAGAACUAUAUUUAAAAAAGAGGACUUUGAACAUCUUAAAGAAGAUAUACCAAGUCUUCCUAGGCAAAAAAAGAGAAUAAUGGAACUCAUGUUUAAAACAGCAAAUCAGGAACCUGUUUUAGAAAAUACAGCUAAGUUAAAUAAAUUUCAACCUUUGUUCUUUAGAAGUCCAGUGGAGAUAUUAAGUGAUGAAAAAUCUAAGGUCAAGGGGGUGAAAUUUGAAGUUAACAGAUUAGCUGUUUUGGAAGACGGCUCGCAGAAAGCUAUUGGAACUGGUCAAUUUGAAGAAAUCAAUUGCAGCCUUGUCAUACGAAGCAUUGGUUAUAAAAGUAUCAGAGUAGAUGAAGGUAUUCCAUUUGAUGCUAGAAUGGGCUUCAUUCCGAACAAAAAUGGAAGGGUUGUUGAAGGAGCAGGUAGUGAUGAAGUUGUGAAAGGUCUCUAUUGCAGUGGUUGGGUAAAGCAUGGACCAGUUGGAGUAAUACUUACCACUAUGGCGGAGGCUAAAACGACAGGUAACUUAAUUGCAGAGGAUAUAAAUAGCAAUGUGCUAGAGGCAAAAGGACUGACAAACAGUGAAGUUGAUAGUUUUCUCAAAUCAAAAAAUGUAGAGUCUCUAACCUACGUUGAUUGGGAAAGGAUUGAUGAAGAAGAAACAAAAAGGGGUGCAGAACUCAAGAAACCUAGGGAGAAGAUUGUGUCAGAAAAAGAAAUGAUUGAAAUUGCAAGCAAAAUGAGAAGUAAGAAUUCAAAAGAGGAUCUUCAAAUAUAAUUACAGAUUUAUUUUAAGAUGGAUACAAAAAGUGUGAAUAUCCCUUAUAAGAUGAUAGAAUGCCUCUUGGCCUAUCUUGCUGUUAAGCAGUUUUUAUACAUUUUUAUGUGAAAGAUUAAUUGAAAUCAUGUUUGUUAAUUAUUUGUUAGGUCCAUAAACUAUUAUGUCAUUCAUGCUAG